UAGAUUUUACAGGCGGAAGCAGCAUCUUCGGUGGAGCUACGGCGGGUGUGGUUAGGACUCGACACGGGUGGUUCACCUCACAGCAGUCCUUUUCCAUUUCAGUCGAGUAAAAGAGGAAAAAAUCCCAGCAAGAGCCACGGAGGAACCACUCAAUACUGUUUAAUCUGCUGUACGGGCUGAGGGUCAGCAAGAACAAUGGCUACCCAGUCUGAUUUGAUGGAGUUGGACAUGGCCAUGGGAGACAGUAAGGUGGCUGUGAGCCAGUGGCAGCAGCAGUCCUAUCUGGACUCAGGCAUCCAGUCUGGGGUGACGACCACGGCCCCCUCUCUGAGUGGGAAGGGGAACCCAGAUGCUGAAGAGGACGACCCAACUUUGUACGACUGGGAGUUUAAUCAGCCUUUCACCCCAGAGGCCACAGAUAUUGAGGGUUUCGCCAUGACUCGGGCUCAGCGUGUGAGGGCCGCCAUGUUCCCAGAGACUCUGGAGGAGGGCCUUCAGAUCCCUCCUACUCAGCUGGAUGCUGCCCACCCCACUGCAGUGCAGCGCUUGGCUGAGCCUUCACAGAUGUUAAAACAUGCUGUUGUCAAUCUCAUUAACUACCAAGAUGAUGCAGAACUGGCAACUCGUGCCAUACCUGAGCUCACUAAACUCCUCAAUGACGAAGAUCAGGUGGUUGUGAACAAAGCGGCUGUGAUGGUACACCAGUUAUCAAAGAAGGAGGCAUCCCGCCAUGCCCUGAUGCGCUCUCCACAGAUGGUGUCUGCGGUGGUCCGUGCCAUGCAAAACACUGGUGAUGUGGAGACCGCUCGCUGCUCGGCUGGAACCCUGCACAAUCUCUCUCAUCAUCGCGAGGGGCUGCUGGCGAUCUUCAAAUCUGGAGGCAUUCCGGCCUUAGUCAAGAUGCUCGGUUCUCCUGUAGACAGUGUGCUUUUCUAUGCUAUCACCACCCUUCACAACCUGUUACUGCACCAAGAAGGAGCAAAAAUGGCAGUUCGUUUGGCUGGAGGACUGCAGAAAAUGGUUGCAUUAUUGUCCAAUACAAAUGUCAAAUUCCUGGCUAUUACCACUGACUGCCUCCAGAUUCUGGCUUAUGGCAAUCAGGAAAGCAAGCUGAUCAUUCUGGCCAGUGGUGGGCCUCAGGCUCUGGUCAACAUCAUGAGGACAUUUACAUAUGAGAAACUGCUGUGGACCACCAGUCGAGUGCUCAAAGUGUUGUCUGUAUGCUCCAGCAACAAGCCUGCUAUCGUAGAGGCUGGGGGUAUGCAGGCCUUGGGGCUCCACCUGACAGAUCCCAGUCAGCGUUUAGUUCAGAACUGCCUCUGGACUCUGAGGAAUCUCUCUGAUGCUGCCACUAAACAGGAGGGAAUGGAAGGUCUCUUGGGAACGCUGGUACAGCUUUUGGGCAGCGAUGACAUCAAUGUUGUGACUUGUGCUGCGGGCAUCCUGUCUAACCUCACAUGCAACAACUACAGCAACAAACUCAUGGUGUGCCAGGUUGGAGGUAUUGAGGCCCUGGUGAGAACAGUGCUUCGUGCUGGUGACAGGGAGGACAUAACAGAGCCUGCUGUGUGUGCCCUGCGCCACCUCACUUCACGCCACCAGGACGCUGAAAUGGCCCAGAACGCUGUACGCCUUCACUAUGGGCUGCCAGUUGUGGUCAAACUACUGCACCCUCCAUCCCAUUGGCCUCUCAUCAAGGCCACUGUUGGACUUAUUCGCAAUCUCGCUCUUUGUCCCGCCAAUCACAGUGCACUGCGUGAGCAGGGAGCAAUCCCCAGACUCGUGCAGCUGCUGGUGAGGGCACACCAGGACACCCAGAGGCGCACAAGCAUGGGAGGCAACCAACAGCAGUUUGUGGAGGGAGUGCGUAUGGAGGAAAUAGUGGAGGGGUGCACAGGUGCCCUGCACAUUCUGGCUCGGGAUGUCCAUAACAGAAUUGUCAUCAGAGGACUUAACACCAUUCCACUCUUUGUCCAGCUGCUCUACUCUCCAGUGGAGAACAUUCAGCGUGUGGCGGCAGGUGUGCUCUGUGAACUGGCUCAGGACAAAGAAGCAGCAGAGGCGAUAGAAGCUGAAGGAGCGACUGCUCCACUUACCGAGCUGCUUCACUCAAGAAACGAGGGUGUUGCAACAUAUGCUGCAGCUGUCCUAUUCCGUAUGUCUGAAGACAAGCCACAGGAUUAUAAGAAACGACUGUCAGUUGAACUGACAAGCUCUUUGUUCAGAACCGAACCAAUGGCGUGGAAUGAGACUGGAGACUUGGGACUGGACAUUGGAGCUCAAGGAGAUCCACUGGCCUACAGACAAGAUGAUGGUGCAUACCGGGCCUAUCCAGCCCCCUAUGGUCAGGACGCCCUGUUGGACCCUAUGAUGGAAGGUGCGGACUAUCACGCUGAGACUCUGCCAGACCUGGGCCACCACACUGAUCCAUUGCCAGAUCUGGGACACACCCAGGACCUAAUGGACAGCAACCAGCUGGCCUGGUUUGACACCGACCUGUAGAAUUGUUUUAUUCAGUAAAACCUGCAUUGUGGUUGGCCCAUAUUAUCUAAAAGAGCAUUAGAAAUGGCCUGAAGAGUUGUUGAAGGUAUGAAGAGAUGAGGGGUCUUGGAAAGUGCCUGAAACAUGACAAAGAUGGUUGCCACUGGAAUGUUUAAGGAAGUUGUAUUAUUGUACAAGAAAAGAGUACCAAGAAGAGGAAUUGCUGUAGAAGGCUUAAAGCAGGUUCAAAUUUGAUGCACACAAGGUGGUUUUAAGUUGGAAACAUACAUACGUUUAGCCUUGCCUGUAUUAUCAGUUUUUGUUUCUUAUACUUUUUUAUUUCUUUUUGUAUUACUCACUUUGUUUUGGUACCGACCCAGCUUGCCUUUGCUCUCGCCAUCUUCAUUUUAUCUUUUUAAUCAAAAACAUUUGUAUUUUUUUUUUUUUUUUUUUUUUACGUAGAUGGCAUUUAGUAUUAAGUUAUAGUGAUAUUAUACAGUUCUUUUGGUCUAUGGCAGAAUGUGUAGAACACUAAUAAUCAGUUAAAUGUACUCUUGACUUAAAGUGUAACAUUGUGUAGUUUUUUUAUAAUCCUGAAAAUGGAGAAUUAUGCAUUCUUAAUAUGUGCUUGUUUAAGCAUAAAAAUGUCAGUGUCACAAAUGUUCUAAAGGGGAUGCGGGUGAAAUUGGGGGUGGGUCAGGGAUAAAUCUAGAGACAAGUGUUUUAUAUACAGUAUCACUUGUAGGUUAACUAUUUUGUAUGCUCAUUGGAUGUCUGAUAGAAAAAUCUUAAAUGCUAUCACUGGUGGUCAAAUAAAACAGUUUUAUGUGCUAUUGAGGAUAGCUAGGUUGAUGAACCAGUUGUAGUCCUGCUGUGAUUGUUCUGGAGACGAGGUUAUGACACGGCUGAAUAAUAAAAAGGCAUUUUAUUUCAA